AUGCCUUCUCCUACUAAAUUGGUCAUCUCUCGUCUAACCUUCGAAAAUUAUCGCGAAAACUCGGCGGUUGGAGUCACGGCACCUCGCAUCUCAUGGCGCUUCGCAGGAUCAACUCAAGACUGGUCUCAAGCUUCAUACGACAUUCGGAUCAAGCGAUCCUUCGGUACUGAAGAAUGUCAUGUAGUUUCAUCAAAAUCUGUUUUGGUCCCGUGGCCCUCCGCUCCCUUGAAUUCUUGCGAAAUUGUCUCGGUCUCGGUCAAAGCCAACGGGACUGAUGACAUUGAUACGCCUUGGUAUACAACUCAGCUCGAAGCAGCGCUACUAGCGCGUUCAGAUUGGAGAGCCGAGGCGAUCUCAAUUGUAUCCCCAGCUUCCCGAGUGUCUUCUGAUCCCCAACAACCUUCGCGACCAUUUCUACUCCACCGCACUUUCGAGCUCAAAGAUAUCGACAAGCCCGCCAGACUUUAUGCGACCGCUCUCGGGAUAUACGAAAUGAAAAUCAAUGGUCAAGUUGUUGGGACACAAGUAUUGAAGCCCGGAUGGACGAGUUAUGAUCACCGAUUGUAUUAUCAGGCAUGCGACGUGACUUCUCUUUUGAAGAUCGGCCACAACACGAUAGAAGGUCACAUAGCUGAGGGCUGGUACUCUGGUCGUUUAGGAUUCUUGGGAGGGAAAAGGAAUCUAUGGGGGAAUCGGAAUGGGUUGAUCGCCCAACUGAUGGUGGGAGAUGAAGUGAUCAUCAAGACCGACUCGACUUGGAAAGGAUGUUCAAGUCCAAUACUCUUUUCAGGAAUCUAUGACGGCGAGACUGUAGAUGCUAGAUUGAUUGGCAAUGGAAGAUCCAAUGAAUUCGAAGUGGAUAUACUAGAGUUUCCUAAAGCGAAACUGGUUCUUGAUAAAGCGCCUAUCAGGCGAAUGGCGGAAGUUGAAGCCAAAGAAAUUAUCAUCACGCCAUCUGGAAAGACCAUUCUUGAUUUCGGUCAGAAUCUCGUUGGUUGGAUCAAAAUCAAUAAUGGACCAUGCCAAAUCAUUGCUGGAGACAAGAUAACGUUCACACAUGCUGAGGUUUUAGAAGAUCAAGAGCUCGGUAUACGACCUCUUCGUGCAGCAAAAUGUCAGGAUACGAUUAUUUGUGGAUCUGAACGUUCUUUCUUCAAUGGAUGGGAGCCAACUUUUACGUUUCACGGGUUUCGAUACAUACAAAUCGAAGGUUGGAACGGCGAGAUGGAACUCAGUGACAUUACCGCAAUUGUCGUUCACACGGAUAUGGAAAAAACCGGUUGGUUCCAUUCGUCUCACGCGCUCAUCAAUCUUCUACAUGAGAAUGUCGUGUGGGGCAUGAAAGGUAACUUUGUCGGCGUGCCUACCGAUUGUCCUCAACGUGAUGAGCGUCUUGGAUGGACUGGCGAUUUACAAGUUUUCAGCAAGACCGCCAAUUUCCUCUAUGAUACCAAUCUCAUGCUUUCAGGUUGGUUGGAGGAUUUGGCUGUUGAACAAGCGACUAACAACGGUGUGCCACCCAUGGUGGUCCCUGAUGUCAUUGGAAAAAUAUAUCCUCAAGCCGAUAUGCCUCUGGCAGUCUGGGGUGAUGUGGCUGUACUCGCACCUUUGGCCCUGUUUGAAGCUUUUGGAGAUUCCAAAAUACUGUCAAGACAAUACGAUAGUAUGCGACAAUGGUUGAAACAGGGGAUACCUAGAAGAGAGAAUGGGUUAUGGGGUCAAAGAUCACCUGAUCAUAUUCAGUUGGGAGACUGGCUCGAUCCAGCAGCUCCACCGGAUUUUCCAGGGGAUGGUCGAACGGACCCGCUGCUAGUCGCAGAUGCAUAUCUCGUCCAUGUGACUCGAAAAAUGGCUCAAAUUUCACGUUUACUCGACGAGGAGGAAGAUGCCAAUUCUUUCGAGUCUGAGUAUCAAGAUCUGAAACAGAAAUAUUCCGAUCAAUACGUUUCCAAAACUGGUAGAACAGUAUCCGAUUCUCAAACCGCCUUGGCUCUGUCUUUGGACUUCGAUCUCCUUUCUUACGAUCAACGAGAGGUUGCAUUAGGUCGUCUAGACGAACUCGUUCGGAGUAACGUUUUCAAAGUGGCUACGGGUUUUGCUGGCACACCGAUCAUCCUCAAGGUCCUCGCAGAUAAUGACAGACUGCAUCUUGCAUAUAGAAUGCUUCAAGAAAAACAGUGCCCAAGCUGGCUCUAUUGCGUCAGUAUGGGUGCUACUACGGUCUGGGAAAGAUGGGAUAGCAUGCGUCCAGAUGGUACGAUCAAUCCUGGAGAAAUGACUUCGUUCAACCAUUACGCCUUGGGAGCGGUAGCCUCCUUUAUGCACAGUACGAUCGGAGGACUGUCACCCCUAGAACCUGGUUGGAAGAGGUUCCUCAUCGCACCCCGACCAGGGGGUACAGUCACUUCAGCAGAAGUCAGACACCUCUGUCCGUAUGGACUCAUCAGAUGUUCUUGGCAGCUGGAAAACGGUAAGAUGACUGUAGACAUCUCGGUACCUCCAAAUACGAGAGCGAAGGUGGAUAUUGGCAAUAUCCAAGUCGAGGUCGGGAGCGGAGAUAGGAGAUUUGUAGUUGAAUAUGACGUAGAUCCUCGCUGGCCACCUAAGCCUAUUUAUCAUUCAAUGACUAUACCUCUCAUAGAUGAAAUCGCUUAA